AUGCUGCUGGCUUUGCUGCUGCUGCUGCCCUUCCCAGACCCGCGGUCUGCCCACGGGCACCCGCUGUACACGCGCGUGCCCCCCAGCACCCUGCAAGCUCUGUCAGCCCAGGGGACGAAAGUGUUGCAGGCUGCCCAGAGGAGCGCCCGGUGGGCAGUAAAUCGGGUGGUGAUGGAGAUCCAGCACAGACUGCAUGAGUGCCGAAGCUCACCUGGGCGUCCCGGGCCUCGAGCCCCCCUCCUCCAGGAUCCACCUGAGCCAGGGCCGUGUGGCGAGAGGCGCCCGGGCGCUGUCAACGUGACGCGGGCGCACGGCCGCAUUGUGGGGGGCAGCGCGGCACCGCCCGGGGCCUGGCCCUGGCUGGUGAGGCUGCAACUCGGCGGGCAGCCUCUGUGCGGCGGCGUCCUGGUGGCGGCGUCCUGGGUGCUCACGGCGGCGCACUGCUUCGCGGGCGCCCCGAACGAGCUUCUGUGGACGGUGACGCUGGCCGAGGGGCCCCGGGGGGAGCAGGCGGAGGAGGUGCCGGUGAACCGCAUCUUGCCCCACCCCAAGUUUGACCCUCGGACCUUCCACAACGACCUGGCCCUGGUGCAGCUGUGGACGCCGGUGAGCCCGACAGGGGCGGCGCGCCCCGUGUGCCUGCCCCAAGAGCCCCAGGAGCCCCCCGCAGGCACCGCCUGCGCCAUCGCGGGCUGGGGUGCCCUCUUCGAAGACGGGCCUGAGGCUGAGGCGGUGAGGGAAGCCCGUGUGGCCCUGCUCAGCGCCGACAGCUGCAGAAGGGCCCUGGGGCCAGGGCUGCGCCCCAGCAGCAUGCUCUGUGCCGGCUACCUGGCCGGGGGCAUUGACUCGUGCCAGGGUGACUCUGGAGGCCCCCUGACCUGUUCUGAGCCUGGCCCCCGCCCCAGGGAGGUCCUGUACGGAGUCACCUCCUGGGGGGACGGAUGCGGGGAGCCAGGGAAGCCUGGGGUCUACACCCGUGUGGCUGUGUUCAAGGACUGGCUCCAGGAGCAGAUGAGCGCCGCCCCCUUCAGCCGCGAGCCCAGCUGCAGGGAGCUCCUGGCUUGGGACCCGUCGGAGGAGCCGCUGGCAGAUGCCGCCCCGCCUUGUGCCUUCUACGCCCACCUGUGCCCGGGGCCCGCGGGCGCCUGUGCGCGCCUGGCGCACCAGCAGUGCCUGCAGCGCCGGCGGCGAUGUGAGCUGCGCUCGCUGGCGCACACCCUACUGGAGCUGCUGCGGGGCGCCCAGGAGCUGUUCGGCCCGCGCCCGGGGGCGCGGCCCCUGGCCCCGGCCCUGGCUCGGCUCGCUCCGUCGCUCCGGGAUCCUCCCAGGCACCCCUCCCGCGAGCAGCGGCUGCACUCAGGAUCGCGGGCGGCAGGCACUGGAUUCCCGAAGCGGAGGUCGGAGCAGCGCGGGGAAGCGAACGGCUGCCCUGGGCUGGAGCCCCUGUGGCAGAAGUUGGCUGCCCUCCAGGGCACCCAUGCCUGGAUCUUGCAGGUCCCCUCCGAGCGCCUGGCCAUGGACUUUCACGAGGUCCUGGCAGACCUGGGCUCCAAGACACUGACCGGGCUCUUCCGAGCCUGGGUUUGGGCGGGCUUGGGGGGCCGGCACGUGGUCUUCGGCGGCCUGGUGGGUCUAGAGCCAGCCACGCUGGCACAAAGCCUUCCCCGGUUGCUGGUGCAGGCCCUACAGGCCUUCCGCUUGGCAGCCCUGGCGGAGGCAGAGCCCUAG